AUGGAGACCCCAGGUCAAGCUGCUUUCCCUUGCCUCCAGCCCGCGCUGUACAUGAGAGUUUGUGUCCCCCUUUUCCUUAUUCACGUCGGCGAGCAUUCGCCCCAAGGAUUCAUCAGAUCGGUCGAUGGAUUCAAGCCGUAUAUCAAUGCCACUAUUACCUUUGGCAGUGAUUGGCUCUCACCCGGCUCCCUCGAUCUGCUGCCACGUAUGAACAUGAUCGGCCUGGCGGAAAACCAUGACGGCAUUCCAUUUGCAUUCCGGUUUGACGGGAUAGUAGCCAUGGCCAAAGAUAACGCGGCAACUCCUACACCAAAUAUAUGCGGCGUAGCGCCCAAGGCUGCCCCGUUUGGUUACUCGACCACAAACCACACCUUCUCGACCGGCCAUGAGUCUUUUCAGGAGAUGCUAAACUACUCUUACGUUGGCCACAGCAGAUACACUGUCUCCGGAAACGGCAUUCUCGUCGAAUGUUUCGUAUCUAGGCUGACACAUAUUUACUGA